AUGUCGACGCGUACAGACCACGUUAGCUGCGCUCUGGAGGGGACUGACCGCCGCGCGGUGGGGCUUGCCCCGCCGCCGGCCCCGUCAGUCACUCCACUUACGACGACCAGGCAAAGGAGGAGAGGAAAUGAUCUGCUGAUGGCCACGGCAAGGAACUUGGACUACGAUAUGGAUUAUUCGACGGAUGUUUCGACUGAAGAUGAUACUACUCGGCAUUCUACUGCGUCUGCCACGCAGUACCGCCGAAAACGAAGCGACCCAGGACCUGCAACUCAGCCUGCAGCGGCCACGGACGACGGUUUCGUCAGACCACCGCGGAAAAAACAAGCCAAGAAGCAGCAGCCAGAGGCAACCACUUCACUACCGCUAAGCAACCGUUAUGACGUCAUCCAAGAUGGCGGGACGGCGGCCGCGGACGAUGCCUAUCCUAACUCUUACAAGGAACUGUACGACUGGCUGAAGAGUAAUUUGAAACAACCUUUUACGGCAAAACAGGCUGGCGGCGACAAGUUAAAACUUUCUGUGGCCACUACUGACGACUAUAUGACGGUCAUGGACAUGGCUGGGGCGCGCGGGAUACCAAGUUACACCUUCCCUAUGGUGAGGCCACCGACGCUGAAGAUCGUCCUGCGUGGAGUUGUGCAGUCUCUCUCCAAUGAAGAUGUCAAGGACGAAUUGGCGGAACUUGGCUUCCAUGCUUCCAUCGUGGACUACCACAAGAUGCCUGGCACGAACAAGAGAUCUGGACUUCGCGUCGUCAUCCUGCCGGACACGCCUGAUAAUCGGAAGAUCUUCAAUGUGACCCGACUCUGUGCCUUGUCUAUCACUGUAGAAACACUACGAAAAUCUCGUGGUGUUACGCAGUGCUUCAGAUGUCAAGGGUUCAGUCAUGUGGCUCGACACUGCACCAUGCCCUUUGUGUGUGUGAAAUGUGGCGGGCCUCAUGACAGCCGACUGUGCCCUGUGCCAAAACAAGACCCAGCUAAGUGUGGUCUCUGCGGAGGAAAUCAUACAGCUAACUUCCGAUCGUGCCCCAAGCACAAGGAAGCUAGUCGUCGGCAACGCGGGCUCCCUCCGCUUACUGCCAAGGAGAGGAAUAGGAGGACCAACGUCGUCCGAUGA